UGAGAGUGGAGAUAUUCAGGCAGAGAUGGUGGUGAGACUGCAGGCCAAGCCUGGAGGCUGGGCAUGGAUUUACUGCCUGUUAUACUCAGAAGGUCUGGAGGGCCCCAUUACUGCCAAUAACUACCCAAUCAGUGACACGGAAGCCUGGAGCCUCCGCCAGCAGCUGAACUCCGAAGACACCCAGGCAGCUUAUGUCCUGGGCACCCCAACCGUGCUGCCCUCAUUCCCUGAGAACAUCCUCUCCCAGGAGCAGUGCUCCAGUGCUAACCCACUCUUCACCCCAGCCCUGGGGGCUCCCAGAAGCACCAGUUUCCUCAGCGCUCCUGAACUCGGUGUUGUCUCAGCAUCAGAAGAGCUUCCCCGACCCUCCAAAGAGCUGGACUUCAGUUACCUGACAUUCCCUUCUGGGCCUGAACCUUCUCUCCAAGCAGACUUGAGCAAGGAUCUUGUGUGCACUCCCCCCUACACACCUCGCCAGCCAGGAGGCUGUGCCUUCCUCUUCAGCCUCCAUGAGCCCUUCCAGACCCACUUCCCCACCCCAUCCAACUCUCUCCAAGAACAGCUGACUCCAAGCACUGCAACUUUCUCUGAUCAGUUGACGCCCAGCAGUGCAACCUUCCCGGAUCCACUAACUAGCCCACUACAAGGUCAGUUGACAGAAACUUCAGCCAGAAGCUAUGAAGACCAAUUGACUCCCUGCACCUCCACCUUCCCAGAUCAGCUGCUUCCCAGCACUGCCACCUUCCCAGAGCCUUUGGGCAGCCCUGCCCAUGAGCAGCUGACUCCUCCCAGCACAGCAUUCCAAGCACACCUGAACAGUCCCAGCCAAACUUUCCCAGAGCAACUGAGCCCCAACCCCACCAAGACUUACUUCGCCCAGGAGGGAUGCAGUUUUCUCUAUGAGAAGUUGCCUCCAAGUCCUAGCAGCCCUGGUAAUGGGGACUGCACACUCCUGGCCCUAGCCCAGCUCCGGGGCCCCCUCUCUGUGAAUGUCCCCCUGGUGCCUGAAGGCCUGCUCACACCUGAGGCCUCUCCAGUCAAGCAGAGUUUCUUCCACUACUCUGAGAAGGAACAGAAUGAGAUAGACCGUCUCAUCCAGCAGAUUAGCCAGUUGGCUCAGGGCAUGGACAGGCCCUUCUCAGCUGAUGCUGGCACUGGCGGGCUGGAGCCACUCGGAGGGCUGGAGCCUCUGGACUCCAACCUAUCCCUGUCGGGGGCUGGCCCCCCUGUGCUCAGCCUGGACCUGAAACCUUGGAAAUGCCAGGAGCUGGACUUCCUGGCUGACCCUGACAACAUAUUCCUGGAAGAGACGCCCGUGGAAGAUAUCUUCAUGGAUCUCUCUACCUCAGACCCCAAUGGGGAAUGGGGUUCAGAGGAUCCUGAGACCGAUGGCCCAGGAGGGGCCCCAUCACCUUGCAACAACCUGUCCCCAGAAGACCACAGCUUCCUGGAGGACCUGGCCACAUACGAAACCGCCUUUGAGACAGGUGUCUCAGCAUUCCCCUACGAUGGGUUUACUGAUGAGUUGCAUCAACUCCAGAGCCGAGUUCAAGACAGCUUCCAUGAAGAUGGAAGUGGAGGGGAACCAACGUUUUGAAUAAGUCUGUGACUUAACGUCGUCAAGUAUGGCAUAUUGUCAUCAAGACGUGGAGCCGCUCUCCACCCCCCCGGGACUGUUGGGGGGAUUCUGGGGGCCAGAGGGGGAUAUGUCUGAUUCCCCAGGCCCUGUAGGAUUUGGGGGGGGGGAGGUGGGAGGGCAAGGGAGGGGAGCUUCUUUUUAAAAUCAAGAGACUUCGAGCGAUCCCAGCUUCCAUUUCAAUCUGUAUUCACUCGUAGUGAGUUUCCUUGAAUGGGAUUUCAAGCGGAGAAUGGGGGAGUCUCACUUCCCCACCGCGCUGCCCCAUUGGCCUGGGCUAGUUCUCCACUCCUGGGGGCCAAGCUACCCCUGGGCCUUGGUGGAGGAAAGGCAGGGCCCACCUGGGCCGGCCUGUGCCCUGAGGGGCUCUUGACACCCACGUAGAAUUCUCUACACACCAGUAACGGGAUUUCAAUUCCGAUGGACUCUGCCGCCCUGGCGGCCCUUCCUGUGACUUUUGCGCCCCGCGCCUGGGGUGAGGGGCGCGAAGAGACGCUACGUUCCUUUCCGAUGGAGGAAGGCAGACCUGCCAUCACACGUGUGCUUGCACAAGUGCGUGUACCUGGUGCGGGACUCACCCGGCCGCCAGACCGCCUGGGCCUGUCCAGACGGCCACCUCGUGGUGCUGCGGUGACUUUGUAGCCAACUUUAUAAUAAAGUCCAGUUUGCCUUUUUGGUA